AUGUUCCCCUCGCAGGCGGCUAAUUUUAACAUUGAGGCCCUGAGCGGCAUCUGUGGGUCAAUUUCAAUUGCCUGCUGGGUAGUUGUGUUCUCUCCGCAGAUUAUUGAAAAUUUCCGACGCGGCUCUGCAGAUGGUCUUUCUCUUCUUUUCCUGAUUGUCUGGUUGGCCGGAGAUGUAUUCAAUAUUCUCGGUGCUGUCAUGCAGGGUGUUCUGCCCACCAUGAUUAUCCUUGCUGUGUACUACACUCUAGCGGACAUAGUUUUACUGGGUCAAUGCUUUUACUACCGAGGAUUCAACCUCAGAGACGAGUUGUCUCCGUCGCCCACCCCGGGAGCUACACCAGUCAAUGGUACCAGCGAUGCCGAGGCUAGUGGCGCCGAGCACCCAGCACCAACUGAGAGAUCUGCACUGAUUCCCAAGUCUAACGGCCAUGUUCAACCCCAAGAACCUGCCCGGAACGCAGCUGGACAUUCUUCCCAAGAAGGUACACGCCCAGCCCAUGCCUCGGAGGGAAGAAGACACUCAGCAGCCUCGUACCAUGAUAUUUUUCACUCAUCAGUGGAUGGAACUCAUCUCUCCCCUGCAACCCCCUUCGUCGAGCCCGACUCCUCACGCAGCCGCUCCGAAAGAGCUCGCCGUCGCCGUAUUUCAACCGUCCAAACCAUCCUUUUCAAUUCUACCGCCGUGGCUCUCGUCUGUGCCGCGGGUGUGCUGGGAUGGUACGUCAGCCCAGCCUCGAAGUCCUCAGCACCUGAUGCGGAACCCCUUACUAUGGACGUCCUCGGCCAAGUCUUCGGGUACCUUUGCGCAGUACUGUACCUGGGAUCCCGUCUGCCCCAGCUCCUCCUGAACUUCCGCCGCAAAUCCACAGAUGGAGUUUCUUUGCUUUUCUUCCUCUUUGCCUGCAUUGGUAACCUAACAUAUGUGCUGUCCAUCUUGGCAUACUCGCCUGUUUGCCACCGCGAAUCGUCUUCUGUGGGUGCUAUGGGUCAUCGUCACCGCGAGAAGUGCCACCCCGGUGAGGCGGCUGCCUUAUAUGGGCGGUAUGUGCUGGUCAAUCUGUCCUGGCUUGUUGGUAGUGCUGGCACCCUUUUGUUGGAUAUGGCGAUCUUCGCCCAGUUCUUCCUGUACAGUGACAACAAGGGUGCUGAUGAUGAGUAUGAUGACCAGGAGUAG